AUGGCCUCCAAGGACAAGUUCAAGAUAAGGGAAUACCCAGCCCCUGACAUGGCCUCUAUACUCAGGGCCACAUCCACUGUAGAGGCGAGGCCCCUGAAGCUGGGGUCCAGUGGUGCCAAAGAGGUUUGGGGUAGGGUCGAGCACCUCUCUAAAGAUAAAACUCAAGGGCUCCCUAAGAGGGGGCACCUCAGAGCCGAGGCUGAGGAAGCCAAGGAAGAGGCUGCGAAGAGGGCAACUGAGGCGGCAGAGGAGGAGGCCACCAAGCAGAGGCCUGCGAGGGUACAAUGGAAGUCUCUGAGCUUCCUUGUCGAAAGGGAGGAGGUUCUAGCUCCAGCAUUGGUAGAGGCUUUGCCACCUGAGAUUGGAAGUGCCAUAGAAAGCUUCUACAAAUUCUGGACGGAUCGGGAGGCCCUUACUGACUUUCAAACAAGGACUCAGUCCUCGAAGAAGAAGAUGGCCUCCCUUAUAGAGGAGCUAAAGGGAGCUAGAGUCGAGACGGAGGAAGCAAGAGCCCAAAAACUUGAAGAUAUGGCCAAGCUAAAGUCUGCCUUGGCUUGGAUCAAGGCGUUGAAGAAGGAGGUGUAUGAGUCCCAAUGCAAGGUGGCCUCCUUAACUGAGAAAGUGGAGGUUUCCAAUGACCACCAGAAGGUGACUGCGGAAGCCUUGGAGAAAACAAAUUUGGAGCUGGCUGGGGCCCAAGAAGCGUACAAGUUCUUGGAGGGCCAGAUAAAGUGGUAUGUUGAUAAUGCAACCAAGGCAAGAGAGGAGGCCCAUGAGGCGAGGGAGGAGGCUGUGAAUGACUACAUCGCCAACUUCCACAAUACCGAGGAGUACAAGAGCUUCAGCACUUGCUGGAGAAAUUUUGCUUAUGCCAAGAUGAUGGAGAGGGCUAAGGAACUCUACCCAGAUCAAGACCUAUCACGGCUGAGGUUGGAGUUUGUGGAUGAAGUGCCUCAAACCCCAGCUGAUGAGGCAGUUGGAGAUGAAGUAGCAAAGGCAGAAGAAGAAAGUUCUAAUGCUCAAGCCGCGGAGGCCCCGGCUGUUGAGGCACCUCCAUCGUCGUCCCAGGCUUAG